GUGGGCCUACAACAGCCCAUUACUCUCCAAUCUCCAUUACCCACUUACCACAAAGCACCUACAGUUUCUCUCUCUACACUCUCUCUCUCUCUCUCUCUCUCUCUCUCCCUACACUGUGCUGCUGUAUACGCCUUUUCUGCUACUGUGUGUGUAUUCGCUGAUCAAACCCCACCAUCAAACUGCUGUGAAUGUCGAUUCAUCAGAUCCAUAGUGAUUAGUGGGCUCUCUCUCUCUAUCUCUCUAUCUCUCUCUUUUUUAUGGAUAUUGAGAUCUGGGCUUCAGAGAGGGAUGAUUGUUUGAUCGAAUUUACAGCUGUUUCAUCUGUUCAUGAAGUAUUGGUGUAGAUCAGCUCCCUCUCGGAUUUCUCAGUUAAUUGCAUGCAUGGGAGCAGAGGUUGUCUUGGAUGUUGUAUAAAGCCGCCACUUGUAAUAUCCGUGGACGAGCCAUCAAAGGGACUGAAAAUACAAGGUCGACGUGUGAAGAAACCUAGUUUAACCGAGGAUUUCUGGAGCCCUAGUUCAGGCGAUAUGGAUAACAGUGCCUUUGCUUCCCACAGAAGUAUUUCAUCGAUUAGUACUUCUAACCAACCCCUCGACACUCAAUCCACUUCUGCUGGCACAACCAACAAUCCCUCUGAAUUCGUAAAUCAUGGACUUCUUCUUUGGAAUCAAACACGGCAGCAGUGGGUUGGGAAUAAAGAAUCUGAAAAGAUUGUAAAAACACAAGAGCCCAAAUUGAGUUGGAAUGCAACUUAUGAGAGUUUGCUCGGGACCAACAAACCUUUCCCCAAUCCCAUUCCGUUGCCGGAAAUGGUGGAUUUCUUGAUUGAUGUGUGGGAGCAGGAGGGACUUUACGAUUGAGAGAGUAUUAAGGGUACAAUUUUCGACUUAAGCAGCCUCUUCUUCCGUCUUAAGUUUUCUCUCAUAAACUUAUAUAAGCAGUCACCUCCUUUUUGAUUUUUUAAUGUCUCUCAAUUUGCAAUGAAUUUGUAAUUACUUAGCUUUUAUGUUGUUACUGCCCUCUUCUUCAUGUUUAUAAAUGUUUGUUUUUUUCCUCCUGUUAAUGUUCAUUUCUAAUGUGUUUUUUC